AUGGAACUGGCAAUAAAGCGUCCUGCGACAAAUAUAGUGAACUCCGAAAAAAAUAAGAAACUCUUGGGGACGCCGCUCUUGGCUGAGCCCCUGCUAUUCAUUGUUGACAAAAAGCUGCAGCUGGCUGUCCCAUAUGCGAUGCAAGCUGGGACAAGACAAGGAAGUGGUUGGCGCAAUGAGGCACUUCCAGUUCCUGCAAUGAGCUGA